CGCAGUAGCUCCUCUGUGCGCUCUACUGUUUGCAUUGUGUCUGAACUGCCGGCGAGCUUUAAAAAAAUAUAUUAAACCCACCGCGGCAAUGUCGGGCAGGUCGGUGCGCGCGGAGACCCGGAGCAGGGCGAAAGAUGACAUCAAGAGGGUCAUGGCCGCUAUUGAGAAAGUACGGAAAUGGGAGAAGAAGUGGGUGACGGUGGGGGACACGUCCCUCCGCAUCUACAAGUGGGUCCCGGUGACGGAGCCCAAAUCAGACGACCAGAAGAACAAAAACAAGAAGAAGGGCAAAGAUGAGAAAUACGGCUCCGAGCUGACGACCCCGGAGAACAGCUCGUCUCCGGGGAUGAUGGACAUGCACGAUGACAACAGCAACCAGAGCUCCAUCGCCGACUCGUCCCCGGUGAAACAGGAGAACAGUUGUAGCACCAGCCCGGCGCCGGAGCCCGCCGCCACGUCUCACCGCGACAGCAGCGAGGCCAAGGCCGAGCAGAGCCCCCCCGACAGCAAGCGCGGUAAGACCCCCCCCUCAUCAGAGACCUCAGAGAGAGCCCCGAGCGCCAAGAGAGACGGUGUGUCCUCGGGGGAAAAGGACUCCACGGACAGCAAAGCCACUCAGGACUUGGAGGAGGAGGCCCCGCCCACCAAGAAGAGCAAAGUGGAGCCUUCCUCUCAGGACUUUGAUGAGAGUUAAAUGUUUGGGGUCGUUGCUCCUCCCCUCCCCCUCCUUCUAUUAACUCUAGAUAAAUUAGGGCUAAUGGACCCCCCCACACACACACACACCCACACACGCACACACACACACACACACACACUCCUCUGCCACAGAGAGAGAAUGGAUAUUACCUCUAUUCGCUGGUCCCCCUCCGUGCUUCCUUCCAGUUCUCCACACGUCUUUCACCGAUGCCAAGAGAAGCUCCGAACUCCCCGGGGUGGGUUUUGGGGGGUGGGGGGGUCUCCAGGUUGGGAUUGGGUGGGGGUGGGGGGUCUUCAGCCGAGCCCCAGCCGCCGCCAGGCCAACUACUGACCUGCCUCUGUGACCAGGAAGAGUUCCCAGCGGGGGUCUGAGCUGGGAGCUGGUCGCUGAUCUGAGAACGUUUCACUGCCAGCGGUUUAGCUCGGGAUACUCGAGAGGCUAACCGGGUCUCUGAUGAGCGGCGGGGGGGGCCUCCACCCUGAGACCACGUCACUUCAACCCUCCCGACUCGCCUCCUGUUGGUCUGAUGUUGUGUAUUUGUUUAGGGUUUAUUUCUCAGGAGGGUCAAUGCACUGUUAUGGUUUGUCACAGUCGAUCGCAGAUAGAUUUUGCUGCUGUAGUGGACGUCUUCUGUUCUCCAUCCAGGAAGAGUUCUCAUCCACACGUGUUCCCGCUUCCUUACACUUAGUUUGUGGUAGAAGAAGAAGACGGUACUGGUCGACCCGAGUAGAGGCCUCGAGUCGCCUCCUUUCAGGUCAAACAGGUUCGGGAUUUAAACUUUGGUGCCACGUUUUUUUUUUCUUGCCUUAUAAUCAUCACUAUUUAGUAUUUUAUGAUAUUAAUAAUCAACUGCAAAGCUUUUGUUUUGAUUUUCAAGGGGUUGAAUCAUCCUUGUAUGCAGGUUACGUUAGCUUAGCUUAGCAUAGAGACUGGAAACAAAUGGGAAAGCUAGCCUGGAACCCCCCCCCCCUGCAAAACUGCUACUCCGUCUUCUUCGUCUUCUGCUUUUGUACCACUACAACACACGCGUACAACUACAUGUUGCUCUAAUCGGUGCUGGCGGGCGGAUCGAGUGACACGACGAUGACGUCAUGGGUUCGUUUGGUCUGACACGUCGUUUCUUUACAUGGGGACCGAUUCUUUCAAAAUAACAUGGUCAUUAGUUGUUUCUGACAUGAUGCUAAGCUAACAAUCCUCUGACUGUAGCGUCAUUUACUGAACCAUCAUAAAAGCCCCCCCCACUCUCCACCCCCCCUGCGGAGCGAUCCCUUUUUAAAACGACUUGGAGACUGGACUGAACACUACCGAGAGGAAAACCUUUAAUCUUCUGGACUUUUCAAAGCUCCCCUCGCCGGCUCGUUUCUACUUCGGGGGCUUUUUAUUGCCCCCCCCUCCUCCAGUAGAACCGCUAGGCCGGUUUCCACUACUUCUCCACCACAGACGGGUCCGGUGGUUCUGAUCCUCCUUCAAGGUGCUGUCUGCUGGCUGAAUCCACACACGGCAUCAAGCUCCCGGUGUCCUGUGUGUGCACACAUACAUGCAUGUGUAUAUGCACAUAUGUGUGUGGAUUCAGACCUGUGACCUCUAAUGUACGACCUCACCCAUGUUAGCUCAUUACCAUCCACUGGCGAUUCAUUGGCGGAAGUCGUUCGAAUCGCAGCAAACCAAUGACUUCAUGACACAAACCGGGGCUUUCCAGGAAUAUUUCACGCCGUCCGAUUACUUGAUCAGAUUUUAUCGCGUGGACGGAGAGAGCGGAGGUCUCGGUGCCGAGGAUGGAUUAGCAUAUACCUCAUUCCCAGUCCAGCAGCGCUGGAACUUAAAAUGCUAUCGUAUCGACAUUAACCGCUAGAAGAAGCAUUACGUACACUCAAAAGAAGAGAAUCUCACUUCUGUUCUGUAGCUUUCACCUGAUUGAGCCGAUUGCUUAUAGUUUGCUCAUAACUGUGUUCAAAAAAAACAAAAAAAAAAGAGCUGUGAGAUAUAAAAUGUUUUUUUCCUUGGGACCAUUUUGUUUCACUUUAGAACUUGUACAGAUUUAUGGUUUGGUUUGACUUAUUUAUUCCAUCAGUAGUGCUUGGUUUUUAUCAUGUCCAAUGGUUUUUGUUUUCUUAAUAAAAUUCACAAAAGUU